AUGUCUGAUGAUGAUAUUACUAUGAAAGAAGCUUCAGAAGCACAUCAGGUAGAUGCCACCGCCACAUCAACCAAUCCACUAUCCAGAAUAUCGUCCACAUCCUCAUCUUUAGCAUCAGCCACAACUACUCCUCAAAUUAAAGUCAAUGACUCGGAACAGAUCACUGCCAAAUUCACCGGCGUUAAGAAUCCCAGCCACCAGAGAUCCGGGUCUAAAUCAGGAGCACCCAGCUCUAUUCAGGUACAAUCAUCACCUCUUUUGUCUUCCACGCCUCCUACCAUUAGCAAGAGCCUAAUAAAAGCUUAUCCAUAUCUAAUCUUUGCCAAUAAGAUCCUUUCCAUCCUCACGUGGACAGACGACAAUGCCUUUUUACCGAUUUCUCUUGUUCUAUUCUCCAUCUUACUGAUCCUCUACUUCGAGAAUGUCAUCACCUACUUGGGCCAUCUUUUACCUGUUCUUGCAUUGGCUCAUUUCACACUUAUCUGUGCUUACGUGGAAGCUCAACAGGAGCAGCAUUCUACUCUCGAUGACAUAGUUCAUUGUAUGUCUACAUUGAGUAAUAAAUGUGAACAGUUGCUAGCACCACUUACGUCGUUAAGUUUGACUGCAUACGAUUUAAAACGACUUCUAUUCACAACGGUGUUCUUGUCUCCGAUUCACAUCAUCGUCAGCUACUUUUUAUUGCCUCCAAAGACAAUAAUAUGUACUACAACAGUUUUUUUGCUCACCUAUCACUCACAAUGGUCAAGAGUCACACGUAGACUCUUUUGGAAAUCGAAAACCUUCCGUUUAUUGUGCUUUUAUUUGACAGGACUUGACUUUGAACAGCAACAACACAGUGGAAAGUCGACAAUUUUCAACUAUGCGGUUGAAAAAACCAACCAAAAGUUGAAAGAGGUGACUCAAAAGGCUACAGGAGGUGGCAGAAACGGUCCUGUUCGCUUUUCUUACGUGCUAUACGAGAAUCAGAGACGCUGGCUCGGUAUUGGAUGGACUCCCAACUUACUUUCUUACGAAAGAACACCGUGGACGGACGAAUUUCUUAACGAGGCAGAUUCUCCAGACAACUUCGAGCUUCCUCAGCUCAACGACGAUUCGGGAAUGUACUGGAGAUGGGUUGAUAAGACGUGGCGAGUGGAUUUGACCAACGAUGGGUCAAUCCAGCUCUCUUCUACAAAGUCCAAGACUACGGCAGACCCCAAACCGGAUGAAGGAUUCAUCUAUUAUGAUAAUACGUGGAAAAGCCCAACUACAGAGGAUUCAUUUUCCAAGUAUACGAGGAAAAGACGAUGGGUUCGUACAGCAGAGUUAGCAUCCACAAAGAAUUCCUCAACGAUUGGCAGUGUUAGUGCAUUAGAUGGAGUUUCUAUACCCAAAUCAACACCUAUUGGAGAUGUACAAAAUGUUACUGCUAUUGGAGACAUCUCUACCAAGGUUAAAAAGAGAAAGAGCUUGAGAUUCGGGGCCAAUCCAACGGUUCUUGAGGGGGCUGACGACAAAACAGUGAACGUUGAUGACAUGACGUUGAAGAAAGAUCAAUAA